CAUACAUUAUUUAUAAUAUGAGAAGCCCUAAUCCAACAAGAAAACAACUAAUUAAACUAAUUCCUUGCUAGACACAAAAGUAACAAAAAGAAUAAAAAAAAUUACAAAAAUUUGAGAAAUUUGGGUUAAGUCCAAAUUUGGAUACUAGAAAAUAUUAGAAAUAUGUCAAAACCGAUAUCCCCAAAUAAAGUUAUUACUAGAACAUAACUUUCCAAAAUUGGCAAAAUCACCAAUUUGAGGGUCUAAAGGAAAGAAUUAGGUCAAAAUCCACCGUGCAUCAUUAUAUAAUCACUAUGCUAGUAAAUGAUGAAUUUCAAUAUUACUAUGAUUGAUUGUUAGACAAGUUUCCAUCCUUAUUGGGCUUAAAAUUGCAUGGGAACUAGUUAUAUUCCAUUCACAUGGUUUCUCUAAUUGAAUACAAAUACAACUUCCUUGUCUCUGAAUUCUCAUUAACAGACACUGGUGGGGAAAAGUCGUCUUUGGAUUGGAAUAAACGCAUGCAUAUUGCCCUUGGUGCUGCCUGCGGACUUUUAUACUUACACGAGCAGUGCAAUCCAAGAAUAAUUCACAAGGAUGUCAAAGCCGCAAACAUUUUGCUUGAUGAAAGAUUUGAAGCGGUUGUUGGGGAUUUUGGUCUUGCUAAGCUGUUAGAUCUUAGGGAUUCACAUGUCACUACUGCUGUGAGGGGUACUGUAGGACACAUCGCCCCCAAGUAUCUUUCAACUGGGCAGUCUUCUGAGAAAACCGAUGUUUUUGGAUUUGGCAUACUGCUUUUGGAACUUGUAACUGGGCAGAAGGCAUUAGAUGCUGGAAAUGGUCAGAUUCAGAAGGGAAUGAUCCUUGAUUGGGUUAGAACCUUGUACGCAGAAAAAAGACUAGAAGUGCUAGUGGAUAGGGACCUCAAGGGAUGUGUUAGUGCAGAAGAGUUAGAAAAAGCAGUUGAAGUAGCCCUGCAUUGUACUCAAUCGAACCCCAACCUCCGGCCAAAGAUGUCAGAAGUAAGAGUGUUAUUUAAUAUGGAUUUUGCAGCCAGUAGAUUCAGUUCCAACUCUAGCAAUUCCAAACCCAGUUGCAUAGAGAUUGAAAGGAAAGAACUUGUUGAAUUCAAAAAAGGUCUCACAGAUCCUUUUGGUCUACUUUCUUCUUCUUGGGUAGGCAUUGAUUGUUGUACGUGGAUGGGCGUAGGUUGCAGCAACCAGAUUGGCCAUGUUGUAGCGCUGGACCUUGGAAACCUCAGUGACUGUUAUGACAAAAAAAUUGGUUAUGCACCUACAACCAACUCAUCUUGUUUGGGUGGUGAGUUGAGCUACCUCGAUCUCUCUAAUGCAUCUGUUGGUGGAAUGAUUCCUCCUCAUCUUGGAAACCUAUCAAAUUUGCUUGUUGGUCUGCCUUCUCUAAAAUAUCAAAUUUUCCGAUUUAAACUGGCUUGUUGGUCUGUCUUCUCUAAAAUAUCUUAA